CUGCACUUCAGUUCAAAGUCUUGUGAAGUAUUUCCACUUUAAAAUCAUCAUCACCACUCAAGGAUCUCAUCGCUUCUCUCUUUUUUUAUGUCAACUUGUCGGUGAUGAGUGUCACUGCAGUCCUGUCUGUGAACAUGGUGACAGCCAGCAUGUUACUGAGUGUCUUCUUUGUUUCAGUCUGGUUUACAGGUGCUUUGGCUGCUUGUCCUCAAAGAUCAGGCCUCUUCAUUACUGCACCACACAAGAUGGAAGCACUGAGUGGAUCUUGUUUGCUAAUCCCAUGUACCUUUAGAGCUAAAUCAGAACAAGAGUUUGACAACAGCAGAGAAAUCUUUGGAGUGUGGAUUAAAAGUGACUCUAAUUUUGGACCAAACCAAAAUAAUGUGAUUUUCAACAGUAGAAGGACAGAUAACAUCUAUCCAAUGAGAUUUACUGGAAACCUGAGAGAGAAAAACUGCACCACUUUAUUUUCCAGUUUAACCACAAGUUAUACACACACAUACUACUUUAGAGUUGAGAACUGGCCUUUCAAGGCAACAGCUAUAUGUGAUCCUCUUCAAAUAACAGUUCAAGAUUCUCCUCCGAGCCCCAGAAUUGAGAUCUCAGGUGAUCUGAAGGAGAAGGAGUCUGUCAGUAUAACCUGCUCAGCUUUCACUCCCUGUCCACACUCCCCUCCUAAACUCACCUGGAAUCUCCAACAAGACUCUCACAACAAAAUCCAGGAAAACACAGAUGGGACCUUUACAACUAAAAUCCAGAAGACCAUCACUCUGUCAGACCAACAUGAUGGAUACAACAUCACCUGUUCUGUCACAUAUCCUGUGAAUGAAGGAAAACAUGUCAAGACAGCAGAGCAGAGAAAGACUCUCAGUGUUUCAUAUGCUCCUAAAGACACCUCAGUGUCCAUCAGUCCAUCAGGUUUGGUGUCAGCAGGUAGCUGGGUGAACCUGACCUGCUCCAGCAGAGCCAAGCCUCCCGUCAGCCGCUUCACCUGGUUCAAGAUCAGCAAAGAUGGACCCAUGACUGUAUCUGAAGGACCGUUUUACAGCGUUAAUGUGACAGAUGUAGAAGAUUAUUACUGUGUGGCCACAAAUGAUCUUGGAAACCAAACAUCAUCAGUGAUUCAUCUGGGUGAAGAACCAUCCAAUGGAUCUCUACAACAGAUUCUUGGAGGACUCUUUGGGCUCAUCAUGCUCAUCUGCCUGGUUGUCUGUGUUUGUUUUCUGCGUUGGAGGUGGUUAAAGUCGACAGAUUCAACUCAACAACCGAAUCAGAGUCUAACAGGCGAAGAGCUGACUGUUUACGGGCCAACGAUAAAAACAGAAGAAGAGGAAGGAAACAUCCAUUAUGGAGAGAUCGACUUCUCCAAGAGAAGACCUGAACCGUCCCCGUCCUCAGUGCAGGACAGUGGACAGCAGCAGAACACACUGUACGCACAGGUCCAAGUGUCCAAGACAGCAAACAGCUUAACACAGACUGCUGAGUGUCCAGAAGAUCUCUACGCUCAAGUGAAGAAAAAAUGAGUUGUUUGGUUUGUGCAAGAUUACAUCUGAAUAGAAUUGA